CAAUAACAAGAUUAGGAGAAUGGGCCUGCCACCGCUGUCGCGCUUCUUGUCGCGGAUCACUUCGCACGGCGCGCCACCAACAUCAUUUAUUGUUAUGAUUAUCGCGCUAAAUAAAGAAGACAUAGCAGUUACCAAUUUCAGAAAAUACUUACAAAUACCCACCGUACAUCCGGAUGUCGAUUACAGUGAAUGUGUCAAUUUUCUACAAAGUUAUGCAGAAAGUAUGGGAUUACCAUCAACAGUUCAUUAUAUGGCACCAAAAAAACCAGUUGUGAUUAUAACACUUACGGGACAAAAGCCGGAAUUACCAACUCUUUUACUUACUUCUCAUAUGGAUGUUGUGCCAGUUUAUCCAGAAAAAUGGACGUAUGAUCCAUUUUCGGCCUACAAAGAUGAAAAAGGGAAUAUUUAUGGCAGAGGAGCACAAGAUAUGAAAUGCGUCGGCAUACAGUAUUUAGAAACUAUAAGAAGAUAUAUAAAUGAAAAAUUAACCUUUGAUAGGACUAUACAUAUAUCAUUUAUGCCUGAUGAAGAAAUUGGAGGAGCACUAGGCAUGGCUCAUUUCGUUAAGACGAAUGAAUUUCGUAUUUUAAAUAUUGGAUUUGCUUUAGAUGAAGGAUUGGCGAGUGAAGACGAUGUUAUUCCUUUGUUUUAUGUCGAAAGAACUAUUUGGCAAUUUUAUAUUCGAAGCGCCGGUACUCCAGGUCAUGCUUCGCUACUUCACGAUAAUACAGCUGCUGAAAAAUUGAUGUACGUUGUUAAUAAGAUAUUGAAAUGGAGAACAUUGGAGAAAAACAAAUUAUCUCAAGGGGUAGAUAUUGGACUAGUAACAUCUGUAAAUAUGACAAUAUUAAAUGGUGGAUGUCAGUUAAAUGUUGUACCACCAGAGUUAAUUGCUGGUUUUGAUGUUCGACUGGCUGUAGAUGCUGAUUACCAUGCUUUAGAGAGUACCAUAACUAAAUGGUGUCACGAGGCUGGUAAAGGAGUACAACUAGAAACUUUUAAAAAAAAUGAACAGACCACACCUACCAAAUUAGAUGAUUCAAACUUUUGGUGGUUAAAAUUCAAAAGUGAAUGCGAUAAAUUGGGCUUAAAACUGAAACCAUCAAUUUGUCCGGCAGCAGGCGAUACCAGAUAUAUACGAUUAGUAAUUAUACCAAUCGUUAUGUCGGCAUUCCUGCACUUGGAUUUUCUCCAAUGCAAUAUACACCAGUACUUUUACACGACCACGAUGAAUAUUUAAAUGAAAAAACGUUUUUGAAUGGGAUCAAUAUUUACUAUAAUAUAGUUAAAGGUUUAGCAACUG